AUGACGAAGCAAUUCCCUGAUCCGUACAACUUCCUUUCUGACGAGGGUAUCAAACCUUUACCAGCGCUAUAUCCUUCAGUUUCUGUGUCCGGAAAAAAUACAUCCAAAGAACUCGAUGAGCUCGCUAAAGACCCUGAGGUUGCCAACAUGCCGGAGAGCAGUGACCGAAAGCACACGAGCUCUGAACACGGAGAAAAUGUCGACAUGUCUGAGAUUCCUACGCCUCCAGUUAUCGAGUUCAAUCAUCAACUCCCCCUGCGACGCGUCGAGAUUAGCGGACGAGAUCUGAAGUCUUCAAAUGAGAUAAUCAACGUGGACGCAGAGGAGGCCGAAGAGACCGCCACAGUGAGUGCAAUUCACAGCAUUGUCACUGACAUGAGAAGCAUGAUGACUAGAAGUGUCCAAUAUUCGACCAGAGAUAUCUCAGAACUCAAGCAGAAGCUUUCGGAAGCAACCCGGGAACGUAACAUGGCCGUUGAGCACGCCAAAUCUGGACACGAACGCAACAAGGAACUUCAGCGCGAGCUGCAGGCCCAGAAAGAGGCAUUUGAGGAGCUCAGGGCUGCGCAUACCAAAGCUCUGCGGGACAAAUCUCGGCUCAACCGCCUCGGCAACUCGCUCAAGACUUCUGACUCCGCUAUACAAGAAGCAUGGGGCCAGCUAUCCUACGCAAUCACGAACCUAGCGUGCUGUCUCGCCAAAGGCAAGCCUGACAUGACACACAUGGAGGAUGUUCGGUUGGCCCUCCGCCAUGUACUCCUCAAUGAUCCAAGAGAGAUGGAUGACGAAGGAGGGCGCCAGCGCAUGAUAAGAAUGUUUCUUUGGCGAGUUGCGCGCAAGUGGUGGCCUUGUGGGGGAAAGCCUUCCGGAACCAAGACUGCCAAAACAUGGAAAUCUCUCCGAGCCGGGAUGCUGGUGGCAUAUCAGCAGGACGAGGAGCGCAUGAAAAGCGUGCUUCAAUGGUUCGCCACAGGCUGGGGGUUCGUGGAGGACACCGUGUCGCACCCUCAACAUAUGCAGGAUUUCGUCGAGACUUUAGAAGGUCAGCUGAGACUCUUCCUCAAACAUCGCGAGGAUGAGACGAGGUCCCAGAUGCGUCUGGAGAGGGAUCUCACGGACAUGUUCGAUAUGCUUAAGCAGUUGGAAAGCAUAUUCUACGGGGCAAAGUGCAUUUACCAGCCCGUCUUCCGGUUUGUACCCUUGGAAGAACCACAUCUUUACGACGAGGAGUUCGUGGAAGCGGUUGACACCACUAAGCCGCCAUCGCCAGCGUCGAAGGCGAAAACUGUCGUGGUCAAGGCCGAGGUGGUUCUUGAGUGA